AUGUCCACGGCUGAUUUCGUCACGGCGGGCGGCACUGUAGCCGCUGAAGCGACGAAUGCAAGUUCGUCCAUGAAGCGCACAGGGUUUAUGCGGCCCAGCGCCCGCAAAUCCACAGGCAAAAUUACCGUGAGAUCUGAUACUGGUGCUGCGUGCUGGGACUGCGCAAAGAACGCUCACACGUGCAAACCGGUCCCUGUUGGUGCUGUUGGUGCUGUCCGUGUCUUUUGGGAGCUGAAUCGGCAGCUCAAGCGUGCAAAUGCCGAUGCAGAUGAUGCCUGGCGAACUGCUGCACAGCGCGCAUCACAACAACUACGAGCUUGCGGCGGUGGUGCGGCUCUUCCUGCCACUCCAGGACCAGCUCCCGCUUUGGCCUCGUUUGGCGAGAUAGCCGAGAAGAGCCCCGAGGAGCGAAAGAUCAUGGCACUGGAGACCAUUGCCGAGGCCGCUCGGCUCUGGAUUCUCAACAAGCCGGACGAGGAGGAAGAGGAAGAGGAAGAGGACAGUUAA